UUAAUUAAAGAAUUAAGGAAUUAAUAUGGCGGCGGAGAGUUCAAAUUCAAGUUCCGAUUCCGUGACGGAAACGACAACAACAGCUCUACACAUCGGCAACCUUGAUACGAGCGUAACGGAGGAAGAGCUACUCCGUCUGUUCGAACAGAUCGGUGAAGUUGAUUCCGUUAAAAUCUGCAUGGACGAUCACCAUUCCUCACUCGGUUAUGGCUACGUCAAUUUCAAGUUUUCUGCCCACGCUGCAAAGGCCAUAGAGGAAUUGAACUUCACUCUUCUAAAAGAAAGACGGAUUAGGGUUUCGUAUUCCAACCGAGACACACGUUCGCGUAAAACCGGUGCUGGAAACGUAUUCGUUAAGAAUUUGGAUGAAAAAGUCGACGACGAAAUUCUACACUCGGUUUUUUCACAGUUCGGCACAAUCGUCUCGGCAAAAGUCGAAACCGACAAGUCCGGCAAAUCAAGGGGCUACGGUUUCGUCCAGUACACAACGGAGAAGUCUGCGCGUCUCGCGGUCGAUGACUUGAACGGCGCACUCAUUAACGAACAAAAUAUAUACGUAGCCCCCUUUAUGAGCAAAGAGGAACGCGACCAAGCCACGGACAAAUCCAAAUUCACCAACGUAUUCGUGAAGAACCUCUCCGAGUCGACGAACGAAGAAGAUUUGAAGACCGCGUUCGGCGAAUACGGUCCGAUCACUAGCCUAGUUCUGAUCCAAGACGACGACGGAAAGUCCAAAUGCUUCGGUUUCGUAAACUUCGAGAAUUUCGAGGACGCUGCUAAAUCGGUUCAAGGGCUGAACGGCAAAGUGUUCGACGACAAAGAAUGGUACGUCGGACGAGCACAGAAGAAAUGGGAAAGGGAGCGAGAAUUGAAGCUGCAAAAAUCGAAAUCGCCGGCGAGCAAUUUAUACGUAAAGAAUUUGGACGAUCGGAUUAACGAAGAGAUGCUCAAGUUAUUGUUUUCUCCAAUUGGUUGCGUAAAAUCGUGCAAGCUUAUGUGCGAUGAACGAGGAAUUAGUAAAGGAUGCGGCUUCGUUACAUUCUCCAACAACCAAGAGGCUUCAAACGCCAUUUCGAAAAUGAAUGGCAAAAUGGUACACGGGAAGCCUAUUUACGUUGCCAUCGCAGAAAAGAAAGACGAUCGAAAAACACGACUGCAGUCGUUAUUUAACAGUCCGCGAGCAAUUUCACCAACAUUCAGCCCUCCUCCGAUGACUCCGUUCGUACGCCAAAAUAUUGUCAAUGGAUAUGCUCCACCUGCUAUUCAUCCUCUUGCUAUGGCUAGAUUUGGUUACAGCCAGCAACUUAUACCUUGUCUAAGGCCUUUCGCGACGACUUAUCCCUUUGCGAAUGGAUUAUCGAAUAUCACUCGUCCGGCUGGCGGGCAUUCGGGUUUUAACUAUAUGCAACCGAAGCAAUUCCGAGCUCCUAUGAUGAAUCAUCCGCAGAUGUUGUUUAGGGGAAAUAUGAAUCAAUUUGUGGUACCUAAUACAGAAGUGUGUACCCCUCGUGGAAGUGGAAAUUGGGCAUCUUCACUUUCCAAUUCUUCCCCUAAUACACAGAGGAAAAUGUUGGGCGAGAAAUUGCUUCCGUUAGUGAAAGAACUCGAACACGAAAUGGCAAGUAAAGUGACGAGUAUGAUACUGGAUAUGGAUCACACGGAGAUUCUACACUUGAUCGAAUCGCCACAAUCUCUUGAAGCUAAGGUUGCGGAGGCUAUGCGGCUGCUCACCAAGCCCAACUCAACGACUGGCGUUUAGUACAUUAAUACUUUGUUUU